ACUCGGUUCUGUUGUCAUGUCAUUUCAUCCCCAUCAUCGAACAGUGGGAGGCAUGGUAUUUUAGGGUGGUUUGAUGACGUUUUGAGAUGUUUUGUUCGAUGCGAUUAUAGCAUUUAUGUUCCGUCGACCUGGGGAUAAAGCCCCCCUGUUGCUAGAUGACGGGGUGGCUGUCGCAGUGGCAGCGAACGACAUCAAUUGCCUCAGUGAUGUGCUAUCCUCGUUCCCCGAUGUGGCGCGAAAUGGACUUGGCAAGGCAUACGCGACGGAGCCAGAUGUCAGCGACGAAGUUCUUCACGAUGUAGUUGGAGUAUUCGUCGUGGCCUUCGAUACUCGACAUGGUAACAUUGUCGAGUGGUUCGCACCAGAUGACUUGGAUAUUAAUGGGAUCGAAUUUAAGGCCAUGGCAAGCGGCGCUCACAGAACAACGACGGAUUUCAUAUACUUCAAACGGGGCGCGUUCUUCGGCUUGGCCUCUUUUGAGAAACUUGACGUGGAGAACACGUCAGAGAGAGGUGCUAGAAUGAAAUCCGUCGGAGUAUUGACCCGCAGUUACUCGCUUCUACACAUGUACAAAGUAUUUCUACAAAAACAAGUCAGGCAUCUCCUUGAGAACCAGGGAAGCUAUGGAGCUUUAUCGAGAUUCUAUCAGCGGAAACGGAGCCUAGUUUAUGGGGCUUCGGGAACGAUGACUGAGGUCGACCUUGGCUACGAACCCACUCUCUGCGAAGGACUCCCCCAGAUGGAAAUUACUCACCCAGCGGGAUGUUUCUCACAAUUUCUCAACUAUUUUGGUGAUAAAAUCUUCGCACUAUGGAGGUUUGCGCUUCUCCGGAAGAGAAUCCUUUUCUUCUCUCAACCACCUAUCGGUGUUGUCUGUUUCCGUGUUUAUUGCACCUCGACUUUGGUCGCACACGUACACCCCGGGGUCGAUAGAUCUUCGGCUUUGUGUCCUCCACAAUUUUAUGUAAAUAUCGCCGACAUCGACUCUAUCGAAAAAAUGUCCUCGUACGUGGCAUGUACGACGGAGAAGAUAUUCGAGAACAAGCUGGGUCUCUACGAUUUGUAUGUCGAUCAACAAAACUUACGCACCUCCAAGCUGAGACAUCAAAAGCUCCUGGAAACGAAUCUAGCGGACCGCAUAAAAUUCCGGCAUCUGAACGACCUCAGGUCGAAAAGUCAGCUUCCCGGAGGAUCGUGCGAUGCCGACGAGUCGUGGUUCACGAGCUUUUUCAUGGCUCAGAAUACUCAACUCUUCAAAGAGCUCCAUCUGGCUCAAACUUCGGAAACGAAAAUUCUCGGCGACGAUCACAUGAGAAGAGCAGGACUCGAUCCUCUGGCUGAUAAGCCUUUCGUAGCCGAACUGGCUGACGUUUACGGAAUCGACAUCGUACUCGUGAAUGAUGGGGUCUGCUGCGCGAGAUGAACUCGAUAAGAAGCGCGCAGCUAGAAUUUCACAAUAUUUACAGUAGUCUCAGUAAGAGUUAUCAGCCGCUGAGAUCACUCAUUCACUCCAAUCGGGUCAGCGACAGGAUUAGCAAGGGUCACCAUAUUUCACCGUUUGUCUGCUGCAUACC